AUGAUACCCGGAGGAGCAGUGAAUAACACUCCCCGCUCUUGUGUACCUGGUUUCAGGUUAUUGGUGUGCUCUCUCAAGAUGCACUGUAUUGGGCUGUUAUUGUCUAAUCUGUGGAUCCGCUGGCGGUGGCCUCAGAAUGCGACUCGCCUUCUAAACCUCAUCUGCCACCUCGUCCCUCGCGCUUCACCUCACUUUUCGCAAUAG